CUUUGUAGGUCGCUCAUGGCGCAAGGUUUCGUUGUUGUCGGUCUUUGCUCUCAGUUAUCUGACUGCUUAACUAUAGCUGCUGUGUUAUUACUAAUAGUUGUCAAUCCUUUUCACUAAUAAGCCUUACUUAAAACUCACUGUGCUUUCGUCUUCCAGAUUCUCUCACGCUACGUAGCGUGAGUGAACAGUACUGUUCACUCUUCCAGUGCAUAACAUACAACCACGCUAAACGCGAACCUGCCAAAGACCUAACUUUACAUCGGAUGGCUGAUGAAAUUCGCGAUCCACCUCCCGGCCUUUCAGACUUAGCGGUUAUUAAUAGAGGUCAGAAAAUUAUUGAUGAAUUAAAAAAGUCAGACUUUCCUUCGAAAUACGCACUCUAUGCUGCUGUUUUUACUGGCUUUCGUUCAGUUCGUCUGGCAGCUGAAUGGAUAUCAUCCCGCUUAAAUGAUCCACUUUUCAUCAAAGAUUUUGAAGUCGAUUUUCAUGUACUCCUAAGUCUGGGAGGAAACUUUGAAUCGGACGUCUCGUCCUUUUUGUCAGCCGCGCGAGUCGCUUUAGGAUGGGACUAUGUUUGUGAUCAUCGGGCGCAAAUUCCUUUGCUUCAUCUGAGAGUCAAACCCCAUGAUGCACUUCAUUUAAAAUCCGUUUUCGUGAAAUCGUUCGGUCUGUCGAUUCCUCUUCUAGUGACUGAUGACAAGCCCCUGGAGUUCUUAGUAAAUACGGACACCUCUGUUGUAUGCAAAUUUUCCGACUCCAGGAUAUAUACUCUGCUUCAAAAGCUUUCAGAAACCUUUCUUGAAAACUUGAAAAAAGCUGACGUAAACGUCUGCGUGGUUUCUAAUCCAGGCAAAUUAAAUUAUCCUUUCACAUUAGUCAGUGGUAUUAAUAAUGCUGAAAAAAAUUCGGUUUUGAUUCAACUAAAUGAAAUGUAUUUAUCUAAUCAUUACAUUAUUAACGAAUUCGACCAAUCGGUUAAUAAUCAGUCAAAGUUCUGUUUAUACUCACAUGAUCCUCGUCUGAGAGAUCCAAGUUAUGAGGUAUUUGAAAUGUUAACAGAUGUAGAAUUCUAUCCAUUUUCCCCACUAAUCAGUUCACAUAUCACUAAUGAUUGUAAUAAAACCGGUGAUCAGAAAUCUUCAACUUUUAUUGCUUGUGAUACUAAAUUGACAGAUAGUUCUAAUGACAAUCACUCGCAAUGUGAUGUAUCUUUGAAUCAAGUCCCUGCUUGUGUGAUCAAUUCUCCUGGAUGUCGAGAACGUUUUCUAGAACAUUACGUUGGUGACUACAUAUUACUGUUUGAUUCAGUUUCUCUUACUGAACGACAAGGAUGUCCAGUAGGAAUUAAUUUGUGCACUGGUGAGUCUGGUUUGUUUAACAUAUCUGCUGGUAGACGUGUACCACAAAGUCAAACUUGGACAUUACAUUGUUCCGUCCCACUAAACUUUACUUCUUCAGCUAAAUCAUGCUUCAAACAACAUUGCCCAACUAGUACAAAUAAUGUAAAUUAUAGUGAAGAAUUUAAAAAGUUAACAAGUCAAAAUUCAAGUCUUAUUGCAAAAAAUACAAAUUCAACUUGCCAUGUCCUAUCACCAUGUCUUUCAAAUUCAUCGGAAUAUUCCUCUUCCUUUUUUUCAUCAUCAUCAUCAUCAUCUAGUGAUCCUGUAAAGAGUAAAUCAAGUGUACAAACAUCCAUAACAACCAACAAUAAUAAUAAUAAUAAUACAGACAAACACAUAUCUGAUAAUCGAUGUGAUUCAUACUUCACUAGUGGUGCAAAUUCAACUUGUCAAAAUGAAUUUCAAUUAUCAUUAAAUAAUGAUGAAUUAAAUGAAGCUAAUUCUAAAUAUACUAAUAAUUAUCAAUCAACAGUUAAACGUCAUACUCAUAAUAAAUCAAGACAAAUCUAUGUUAUGCGACAUGCUGAACGUGUAGAUAUUAGUUUUGGUCAUGGAUGGAUUACUCAAUGUUUCAAUCAUAAAGGAGUUUAUCGUAGAUUUAAUUUAAACCUCCCACCUUGGCUACCUACUCGGACGGAUUGUCUUGAAUAUAUUUUAGAUUCACCGAUUACCCAAAUUGGUUUAUUUGUAUCAGCUGAAACCGGUCGCGCUUUGGCAGAUGCUGGAGUUUAUUUCACAGCGUGUUAUUGUUCUCCAGCGUUUCGAUGUGUUCAAACUGCUUGUGAAUUAUUAAGAGCUAUGGGUCGUUCGGAUUUAUCAAUUCGUAUAGAACCACAUUUAUUCGAAUGGUAUGGUUGGUAUGUUGGUGGUUGUAUACCAAAAAUGAUGACUGUACAUCAAUUGAAACAAGCUGGUUAUAAUGUAGAUACUAAUUAUACAUCACUUAGCUCAUACAAUGAUAAUGAUAAAUAUGAAUCUAUUCAAGGUUAUUGUGAUCGUACAGCUGUGUUAAUUAAGCGUAUUUUAAAUGUUCAUAAGUCGAAAGAUACUUGUUUAUUAAUUGUAGCCCAUGCAUCAUCAUUAGAUACUUGUACACGUCAUUUAGUAUGUCAUAAAUUUAGAAAUAAUUUAUCAUCAAAUGAAUUUCAUCAUCGUACAUCAAUUGUACCAUAUUGUGGUUUAUUAUUAGCACAAGAAAAUCGUCGAUGGAAUUUAAUUAAUCCACCAAUACCAAAUUCAUGUUCAUAUACAAGAAAUAUUGAUUUUGAUUGGAAACAAUUACUUGGACCAUCAUUAUGCAAUUUUAAAUUACGAUAAAUAAUAAUAAUGAAUUUUUUUUCUGGUUAGCGUUUUUUUUUUUAGCGAGUUAGUUUUCUACGGGAUGCGGCCGCUAACCUCAUGCCCAACUCUCCUCUUUUAUCUGAGCAUGGGACUGGCAGUAGCCCCCGGAAGGACUCCAGGCGGAGUAAAUAAUAAUAAUAAUACUAAAAUGAAUUAUAGAAAAUAGAAUUUAAUUCUUUUAUUCAUUUAUAAAUCUGCAUUUAAUUCAAUUUCUUCUUAAUUACCAUUUUAUCUCAAGGUUUUACAUAUCGUUUUUUUUCCUUUUCUUUUUUUUUGUUUUCAAUUUGGAUACAGCUUCAUAUCUGUAUUGUUAUUUCCUUUAUUUUGUUUUUGUCGUUGCAUUUAUUCAUUCUUUUUGGUGUAUCUUUUAUUUUUUUCCCCAAUAUUUUCAAUUAUAUGGAUCUUAAUGAAUACCUUUGAAAUGAGAAUUAUACAUGAGUAACAUUCUGUGUAUACAAUUCACAUAUUAUUUGUUUAUUGGAUCUGUAUAAAUCUGAUUGUUUAUUAUCAGAAUAUUAUUCAAUAACUUGACUUAUAGUUUACAAUAUAUAGUACAUUUGAUUAGAUGAAAUGUAUUUACAGUUAUAACUAUGUAAUUUAUAAUGUUUCUUUUGAUACUUGACAAAUCUAUUUAAAAAGAAAAAAUGUAUCUAUUUAAUAAUUUAUAUUUAAAAUAACCGCCAAUUUCAUUUGUUCAAAAAUCAAUUUUAUUCCAGGUAUUUGAAAAAUGAAACAAACUAUUUAGCUGAAUUUAUUUAGCAGAAAUAGGGAUUAAUAUAUUAAACGAAGAAUAUUCAAAUGCCCUGGUACAGCCGAGAAAGAGGAGAGUCCGUUCUCUCUAUCGAAAUGCUCUCACAUGGCCACGCGUAUAUAGCCUCUGCCAGGGAAGUCCUACUCACUACCUUCUCGUGGUGGUGGUGUUGUUUACGAAAAUGAGAGGACGUAAAGCGAAUGUCCGGAGCUUUAACCGGAUUGCAAACCAAAUCAACGGUGCACAUUGGCUGCAGAAUCCUGAGGGAACAAAUGGCGUAUGAACCAAUCGUUGGUCACCGGCUCCCAUGGGACUGCACCUCCUUACGUUGCUCCACUGCCUUGUGGAUCAGACCUUUAGAUCGAAGGCCCCAGGUGUGGCCUCCUAAGAAAACCACCUGGUUCGGUUUGGGCACCCGGGCAGUAUCACAGCCCUCACACAUAUCGAAUGAGAUUUGUGUGGUGCAUAUGUAUUUGGUGCCUCGUUGUACCAAUAUCUAUGUGUUAAAAAUAAAUUCUUUUCAGGUUCCUAUAAUUCAUAUAUCCAAAUGAAUAAUCCGGAAAAAAAGGUAGUCAGGUUAAGGAGUGAAAGUACGUCGUUUAAAUUAUGUGAAUUUAUGAUUGUGAUAAACAAAAUACAAUAAAAUUGUUAAUGUUGAUAUUGACUCAGAUAAAAUGUUAACUUGAAUCUGCAUAUAUUUAUGAAGUGAAAAUUUGAAGAUCCAUGAUCAGAAUAAAUAUUGAGUCAAAUAGGUCUGAGAGAAAUAAUAAUGAAAUUACAAUUCGAUCAAAUGUUUAAUAGAAGGCUGUACUUUAUACUUUGCCUUUAACCCGACCAUUUUUCGGAUUAUUCAUUUAAAUAUAUAUAUGAGUUGUAGAGAACCUGAAGAGAAUUUAUCGAAAAGAAUAUUCUUUAUUCAAAUAUGAAUCUUUUAAUAUGAUGGGGAUCUUUAAAGUAUUAAUAUUAAUCUAUUACAAGAAGAGUAUAACUUUUCUUUUCACUCAAAUGUAUAUGCAAAUUCCUACCGUUGUUAUAUUUCUAUUCUCUUUAUUUUCAAUCUAUUCCAGAUUCAUUUUUGCUCUUGUUCCUCUUCAUUUAUGAUCAACGUAUGUAUAAUCACAUAAAAUAUUUCUUUUUUUAUUGAUGAAGAUGUAACCUGUUGUAUAUUCCAUAAGUGAAUGGUUUUGUAUUCCGUUAAUGAAUAAGUCAAUAAAUCAACUGUUUAUCUCGGUCCCUUUUAAUUUUUUUUUGUUUUUAGUUGUCCUAUGUGUGAUCGUUAUCAUUAGAUUUUUGAAGUCCUGUUUUCUUUGUGUGUAUGUGUGUAUUCGCCUGCUUACAGUUCUACUGUGUUGUUUAUCAUAUCUGUUUUUAUUACGGAUCUGUUCCUGGAUUGUAUACCUAUAUCGUAGUUUCUUGAUUUUGUUGUAUGAAUGAUACAGAAAUUUUAAAGUGUAUUAUCAAAAUUUUCCUACUGAUUAUUUUAUACUUUAUUCUUGCUAGAAAUCGCUGGAGACCUAUUCUCUGUACCAAUAAUUGUAAAGUAUUCAUCUUGGUUAGCGGAAGGCUGACGUUAUUAAAUAAACAAUCUGGAUGAACGA